ACUAACUCAACGACGGUCUUACAGAAGACUCCAAUAUUUUUCGAGCAGGCAAUUCGCGGAUCCAUCGUUAGUUUUGGGCACUUGCAGAAAGCCCAGUUGCGAACGUCGUCGUGUGCCGUCUCAGAAAAGCCACUCCUCCAAUCGGAAAACCGCAAAAGCGUCGAGCCCUUGUUUUGCGAGCCUUUUCGAAAAAAGCUGGGAAUUUCACGCCGUAUUUUUCGUAUCUUUUCCGUCAACGAAACGCCGCGUGUGUCGUAGUGUGCGUGUGUGUGUUUCUGUGUGCCCGCCCAUCUGUGCAUGUGUGAGAGCGCGCCUGUGUGUGUGAAUUUUGGUGAGAGCCGCAACGACAACCGAAAAGAAAACCAAAAUCGACAAAUGCGGUCAAAUUGAAAAGAACAACAAAAAAUCAAAGAGUAUUUCUUGCGCAAAGCCAAAAGGCAAAGUCAAAAAAGAGCGCAAAGCCAAAACAACGCAGAUUUCCCAACGAAAAGGCCGGAAAAUUGCCCACUAGGCGUGUCGCUGCUUCUUCUUGUUCUUUCAAAUUGUUUAUGCUGCAAUUGCCGUGGUGUGCGAAAGGAGUGGUGGUGUGAGAGAGAGAGAGAUAGAAAGGAAAGCGUCUUAUCAACGUCCGCUUUCUUAUCAGAACCCACACAUUUGUUGCGAAAAUUCCAAACAGCCGAAACUCACAGUGGAGCUUUAAAUAGCACAUCAAACAAACAGUUGCCCAGCUAUCAGCGAAUCGGUCAAUUCCAUUUGGAGAAGCCAAAGAUUGAGGAAAUCCAUUGGCCGACGGUUUUACAGCAUUCAAUCAAGCGCAAAUUGGCUCAACUUGCAAAAAGGGCACAUUUUCGGCCUUGCGAAAAUUUCAAUCUUGAAACUAAAUGACGCCUGUAUCUGAAACCGAGACCCUGCUGCCAAAUACCGCAACGCUGGACGCCAGACGACGGCCACAAAUUAGCCAGCCAGCCGUAGAUUUGCAAGUCUAAGGAGUCGCCCUGCCCACCAGAACGCAGAAGGGGAUCCCUGUUCAAAGGAGCCAGCGAAGGCCACACACAGGAGAAAGAUCAAAAGGAGCACCAGCCAGUGUGACUGCGACUAUUUUUCGGGAGCGCCAAAGGAUUCAUUAAAAAACCGCCAACCUGGAACUAAUGGAAUUAGAGAAUAUUGUGGCCAAUACGGUCUACUUGAAAGCGAGAGAAGGUGGUUCCGACAGCAACAAGGGAAAGAGCAAAAAAUGGCGCAAGAUAUUGCAAUUCCCACACAUAUCGCAAUGCAUCAACCUGAAAGACAAAUUAGAUAUAAGCUAUGGCUACGUGAUAGAUCAGCAACCCAUUGGUCGUGAGCUCUUCCGUCUGUUUUGCGAGAACAAAAGGCCCGUCUACUUUCGCUACAUCACCUUCCUGGAUGAGGUGGUCAAAUACGAGAUCGAGUACAUCUCGAACCGCAUAUUCAUUGGCCAUGACAUCGGCCGUCGCUUCUUGGAUGUCGAGGCACAGCUGGAGCUGCGCAACGGCAGCGGGGGCGACGCCUUGGACGCCGAGACGCAGGAGGAGCUGCUGCUCAACAGCAGCAAUGCCAAUCCAACUGAAACAGCUGAGACUGAACACUGCAACAAUACCACCGCCAACAACUGCAACAACAUCAACAACAGCAACAACUCGCAGCACAGCAGCGACAUCAAUCACAAGAAGCUGGACACGCGCAAUCACAACGGCGACGACGCCACUGGGCACGGGAGCAGCCACCAGGACGACGGGGACGAGAGCGUCAAGUGCCAGGAGGGCCAUGACGAUGCGGAAAAGGGCGGUGUCGGAGAGGGAGGCGGCGGCGGAAAGUGUGUCGACGUGGGCGGGUAUCCCGACGAACUCGUGUUGGACGUGCUCAACGACGAUCUCAUUGCGCAAGUGCGUAACAAACUCAACAGCGGCGGCAAGGACAUCUUUGCCCAGUGUGUGAACGCGGUUAAAGCGUUCCUGGCCGGCGAGCCGUUCCGGGAGUUUGAGAGCUCUAUGUAUUUUCACCGAUACUUGCAGUGGAAGUGGCUUGAGGCGCAGCCAAUCACCUACAAAACGUUUCGCAUGUACCGGGUGCUCGGAAAGGGCGGCUUCGGCGAAGUGUGCGCCUGUCAGGUGCGGGCCACUGGGAAAAUGUACGCGUGCAAAAAGCUGGAGAAAAAGCGCAUCAAGAAGCGCAAGGGCGAGUCGAUGGUGUUAAUCGAGAAGCAGAUACUGCAGAAAAUCAACUCGCCGUUCGUGGUCAAUCUGGCCUACGCGUACGAGACAAAGGACGCCCUCUGCCUGGUGCUGACCAUAAUGAAUGGCGGCGAUUUGAAAUUCCACAUUUACAACAUGGGCGGCGAACCCGGCUUCGAACUGGAGCGUGCCCGCUUCUAUGCCGCCGAGGUGGCCUGUGGGCUGCAGCACCUGCACAAGCAGGGCAUCGUCUACCGGGACUGCAAGCCGGAAAACAUCCUCCUUGACGAUCACGGCCAUGUGCGCAUUUCCGACCUGGGACUGGCCGUCGAGAUACCGGAGGGCGAGAUGGUGCGUGGCCGGGUGGGCACAGUGGGCUACAUGGCCCCCGAGGUCAUCGACAACGAGAAGUACGCCUUCUCCCCGGACUGGUUCAGCUUCGGCUGCCUGCUGUACGAGAUGAUCGAGGGCCAAGCGCCGUUCCGGAUGCGUAAGGAGAAGGUCAAGCGCGAGGAGGUGGACAGGCGCGUUAAGGAGGACCCCGAAAAGUAUUCAAGCAAGUUUAAUGAUGAAGCCAAAUCAAUGUGCCAACAGCUGUUAGCUAAAUCGAUAAAGCAGCGCCUAGGCUGCCGCAACGGUCGCAUGGGCGGGCAGGAUGUGAUGGCCCACCCGUUUUUCCACUCCACCCAGCUCAAUUGGCGUCGCCUGGAGGCUGGUAUGCUGGAGCCACCCUUUGUGCCAGACCCGCACGCCGUUUACGCCAAAGAUGUGCUCGAUAUUGAACAGUUCUCCACGGUGAAGGGCGUCAAUAUCGACGAAUCCGACACGAAUUUCUAUACGAAAUUCAACACAGGCUCCGUGUCCAUUUCCUGGCAGAACGAGAUGAUGGAGACCGAGUGCUUUCGGGAACUGAAUGUUUUUGGACCCGAGGAGUGUCCCACGCCAGAUUUGCAGAUCAAUGCAGCGCCCGAACCAGACAAGGCGGGCUGUUUCCCCUUUCGCCGGAAGAAGAAGCAGCCGGCUCGCACUCAGCCAAUACCCAUUCCGGAGCAUCUGUUAACUACUAGUCACAGCGUGUCCUCCACGACGGUCGAAAGCUGAUAGCAGAGAUCAGUCGAGGAUGCCCUUAAGCGGACGCCUGACGUAGACGUCGACACAUAGCACAAAUUGCGCACAGUUACCCCGGAUUGGAAGAGUUCAGCAGGAGCAUAACAACUUUAGAGCACAACCUAAUUAUAAAACCGAAACUACAUCGGUUUAUCCCUCAGUUGACGCGCAAGAAGCAUUUUUGAAAUUGUACUUUUACAUCAAAUUUUCUAAUGAAAGUUGUUCAAGCUGAUUUCGACACACAAUAUAUAUUUAUGAAUGUUUCAAAAGACUCCUUACCGAAACAACACACACACACAUUGAGCACACAUUAGAGAGUUAAUUAAUUGUAAUUGUGGUAACAAGAAUACCACUUACUACACCACUUUGAGAGCUAAGGCCGUCAGUUUGUCACAGCACCCAAAAAUAAUGUUACUUAAAUACGAGCGCUAUACAACAUACAAGUGAUCAUCUAUAACACGCAUCGCCGGAAGCGGGACAACAGCGGAUGGGCGGCAGGAAGAGCACUACGUAGACGGCUGAGUAAUAUGUAAUUUUUGUAUAGUAGUUUGUGAUCGACGGGACAGCGUUGGACGAUAGAUGUUCUAGUUAGCAUUUGUAAGUUAAGAAAAUGACAUGAAUACUCGAACACUUGAAUGCAUUUUUAACAAAUACUUAACACAUGCUACUACGUUGUACAUGCGUAGUUACGAUACAAGCGUGCAACCUAAUCAGAUGUAAAUGUAAAAUCUUUAAUUAUUUAUACGACUCCUAUGUUUUAUUGCCGCACUCUUUUGCUAAUCUUUUCACAUCGUUCUUUUACUUUUUCUGUUGCCUAAGUUUAAGUUGCCGAAGGUUCCCAUGGAAGAACGUUAUUACUGAUAUUUGUUUCGUCAUGCAAUUAAAUGAACGGCAAGUUAUGCUAACUAAUGCUAAUUCAUUGAGAUAUCGAUGUCAGAUAGCGUCUAAGUUUUGUGUAAUAGUAGCGUAGGCAUUUUGUAAUUAGCAAUUAGCAACAAAGAAGAAACAAAAACAAAAGUAAACCAAUUGGAGAAUUUAUUAUGUUAGUAUGAAAAUUAAUUAUGAUUAUCGAACCGGUUGGCUGGCAGCAUGGAACGCGCCAGCUGGACGUCUUAGUUUCAAUUCACUUGAUUUAGGCACAACUAGUAAAUUGUAAGGCAUAUAAUGAACAACUACUACCAGCACAACCAACCAGCAUUCAAAACAGCAAACGCCAUCCGCAUCAGCCCCAAAUUCAAUUUAGCACUACAACUACAUAAAGUAAACCAAACUGAGCAAGCGCCGAAAUAUUUAUCUCUAGCAAUUAAAGGCAUAUUUAUAGAGCAUCGUAAAUACCAGAUAUACAUACAUAAAUAAAUCUAUUCUGUAAGCGAAAUAAUACAAAAUACAACCGAAAAGUCAAGAGAUGGACAUUCAAAAACAAUAAACGUAUUAAACUAUCAA